GCCCGACUUCGAUUUCGAUCACGUACGUCGCAUCUCCAAAAGAAAAUCACUCCCCUCUUCUCCUCCUCACUAUAUACUUACAUUGCUUACCAAUUCAACCCGCCUUCCUUUACUCCACAAGGCCCUCCAUCUCUUUUAUAUUUCCUCCUCCUGCGCCCCCCAACCCCGCCGCCCGUUGCCAGUCGUUUACGAUCCCUCACGACUUGCCAUGAGUCGAGUACAACGCUCCUUUGAAAACUCUGCACUCCUCCAGGCAGCUUCUGAGGGCUGCCCUACCGCCGUGCGCGACGCCCUUGAGGCGGGCGCCGACAUCAACGCGUCCGACAGCUCUGGUCGCACUGUUCUGACUUGCGCACUCACAGCUGAUAGAUGGGAGACGAUCAACGCGUCUGACGCGUCGUUCAUGUCGGAGGACCGUCUCGGCGUCCUUCGAAUGACCCUCUCACACCCCGACAUUUCCCUCUACACACUGAACGCCCCACAAGAAUCUAUCAACGAUGUCACCCCGCUAGGCAUGGCUGCAUGGCUAGGCGUGCCCCACGUAGUCAAACUCCUGCUUGACUUUGGCGCGGGCGCAAUCUCCGUGGACGGCAUGGAUACAGACGGCGCAACUCCACUUAUGUACGCCGCACGUGAUGGCAGAUUGGAAGUCGUUCAACAGUUGCUUUUUCGUGGUGCUCGUCCAGACCUUAGGGACCGGAACCACCGUUCUCCCAUCCAGUUCGCACUUCCCCAUCCAAGCGUUCUCUGGGCGUGCGAGCGUGCUUUGCGCGCUUCCCGUUGGUCCGAAUUCAAGAACGGGAACAAGAAAGCGCUCUGCCAACCUUCCUACGCCGAUACCGAUCAAUUGUCUCCAGAUGAAUCCGCACUUCCGAUGAUGUACGAUCCACCUCCGUCCGCUUUUUCUCCCGAGUGCAUCUCUCUUAUCACCGACAAUAUCGUACACGCCAUACUCACCGCCGAUCUUUCUAUGCUUUACUCCCUGUUGUUUUCUCCACAAUCAUUCGAACCUUCUCCCCUCGAAAAUGGACCUGUUGUUGUAAAUGUACCCGAUGUCGAAGGAUGGAGUGCCAUUCAUUACUGUGUCUCUGUACCAAACCCCUCUAUCGAAAUGCUCGACGCCUUAUACCGCGCUGGCGCCGAUGUCAGCUUGUUUACUACUGCAGAACAGUUCACCCCGCUACAUUGCUUCGCUCGUCUUGCUCGUGUAUCCGAUGCUCCUGACUCGGGCAGUCGCAUGUACGACUUCGCCUUACACCUCAUCCGAGACCUCCGGGCACCACUAUCUGCACGUGACAAAAACGAAGAGACAUGUAUCCAUGUAGCUGCCGAGCAUGGCCAAUGUAUCGAUGUACUUCUAGCUUUCCUGGAAUGCGAUCCGACCGGAUCUAUUAGCAAUCUGAGGAAUUCCCGAGGACUCACCGCAUACGAAGUAGCGAAACCCCAAUUUCGGUCUGCGUUUAGCGAUGGACUGGCGAACCGGCCGCAAUCUUCCCUUUCUGAUCGUACCAUCCGCCCCAGCUCGCUCACCCAUCUUCCAUCGAUUACUUCCCUCGCCGACUGGGUCAACCCUAUCGUUACUAGAGAAUCUACAGGUCCCGCAAGUCAUCUUCCUUCUGACUUUGAUGCGACGUGCACCUGCGAGCGGCUCCUCGACAACAUCCAAUAUCUCACGACCGAAGCGCAGUUCGUCACGGACCUUGGCGGAUUGGACAAUCUUGAGUCCGCUGUCACGGAAACGUCUCAACUUGGCGAAGAUGUCCUCUCGCACUUCCGCGGACAAGUCCACGACGUCACGCAAGAGCUUCGAGACAUGCGCGAGGCUUUAAAGGCGGUGGAUCAUCUAUGGAGUAUUGUAUCCUGGGAAGCGGAAGAAUACCUCCGUGCGCGUGGGAAUACCCGCACGCUGUCACAUUUACUCGCACAUAAACGCUCCCCGCGAGGCUCCGAGGACUCACAAUCAACCGCCGUCGAACAAGAAAGCAUAGACAUAGAGGUAUUGCCGAAAUCCAAGGAGGCGAACAAGGAUAAAUAUCGUGCUGUCGCCGUGUUCACGGAGGUGAUACCACCCAAAACAAUUGUGACCACGACUGCAAAUGGUGCUCGAGUAGUGCCAUGGCCCGAAUGGCUGGACUCGUUCAUUCUAAGUGCAGACUCCGCAACGUACAAGAUGCAUCUCGCAAAUUUGAUCGAGAUCGAGCGGGAGUUGCUUGCGAAAGACGCCAUAAGCUCCUUUGAAGAGAAGAUCCCUUCGAAGGAACCCAAACUUCGGAGCUUGCUGAAGAGCCGAAAGCGGCAGGAGAAGGUGGAGAGGAGCAUUGCCUCGAAGGUGAAGACCUGGAUGAAGAGAAAGGUUACGACGGACAAGCCCUUGAGCCUUCAGCUUUGUUACGAUCUGGACGACCCGAACUGUGCGGUAGGAAGGGAGGUAAAACAAGACUCGUCCUCGCUCGGGCCGCCGGCUCUCUCUGAGGCAGAGCGCGAAGCGUACAACAUCUCCUCUAUCCUAUCCGUUGCCAGCAAAGACCUAUCCUGCAUCGAAGAAUCUCUACAUGGGGUUGAACAAUUGACCACCUCUGCGAAAUAUUCGAUCUCCCGCACUGAGUGGUUGAUACGACGGACAGUUCGGGAAGUCAUGGUUCAAAACUUGCGUUCGCGAUACCCCCCGGCAUAUUCUGACAUCUUCGCAUUCUCUCCCGAUGGUACCACGCCCUCUGUCUACUUUGGUGCUCUCGACAGAAAUACAUCCUUAUCCGUAUACCCCUCACCACCAAACAGCAACAACUCCUCCCGCACAGGUUCUGCUCAAUCCUCUUUUGUGUCUCUAGCGGCGACUCUGGACGAUGGCGAGGACGAGGACACUCGUGCGUUGCGACGACUGAUACUACGCAAAAUAAACGCGCAUAUCGAUGGCGCAUUCGAUGAGAUCGAUCGCGCCAACGUAUGGUUACGCGUUGUCAAAAAUGUACUGCGGGAUCUGCGUGUCCGGACAUCGGCAUCACUUUCACGCUUACCUCCAUCCUCGCCAUCGGCAUCAUACCCCCCAAAAUCCCACUGUUGAAGUUCCAAACCUCAUACCGCACACUCAUCCUCAAGCAUCACCCUCAAGCAUCCUUUACAUCAUCGGCAUCGACAUGAACAGACACGACCAAGAAAAAAUAAUACACGGAAAAGAGGACUCCUGGGUGCGCGCUUAUGCAAUAUUGUCUGUAUGUUAUUGUGUAAUGUAUGUAUAUUAUUGAUGCUGCUGUUGUCUGUUGCCCUUUUCUAGUACUAAUACUUGUCCUUGUUGGCACUUGUUCUCUUCGCCUUUCUUCGUUCGAAACAACUUCCUUGUCCCGUUCCGUGGGUGCGCUUUUCUUGCUCUCUGAUCUGUCAGUCUCCUAGAGAGUAGUAUCACAUGCAUUGCUUUGUAGCAUUGUAGAUAGCAUCGUAUUAGACAAGCAUGCCCGAACUCUCGAGCCAGAAUGAGAU